AUGGCUGCACAUGGAAUGGUUUGUUCGGGGGUAAGAAGGCGAAUAGGGAAUGGUGCAAAAACAUUGAUAUGGGGUCAUCCCUGGCUACCAGAUAAUCCCAGUCCGUUGGUCCAAACAAUCAUGCCACAAGAAUUACGGAAUGCCGUAGCAGGUUUAAUUGACCAGCAAACUAAUACAUGGGACCCUCAUAUUUUGGCAGAUUUAUUUAUCCCUGAGGAUGUGGCUCGUAUUUCUAUGAUUCUUAGCCCAGAUUAUGAGGACACAUGGUAUUGGAAGGGAGAGACAAAUGGAGUAUAUUCUGUAAAGAAUGCCUAUAGGCAAAUUAAGGGAGAUUAUGAGCAUAACCUAGGUGCUUUUGAUAAAUGGGUUACUUUGUGGAAACUAAAGGUGCCACCCAAAUGGAAAACCUUCUUGUGGAGAGCAGUUUGUGAUAUCCUCCCUACUACAGAUAAUUUGAUUAUAAGGCGGGUGGAGGUUGAACCGGUUUGCCCAAUGUGUCGAAUGGUGCAGGAAAACGCCAUGCAUGUGUUAAUCUUGUGUGAUUAUGCUAGAUUAAUAUGGAGUAUGUCGGGGUUGCCUGUUGCCAAUAUUAUUACUCAUUCGAUGUCAACAUGGCUUAUGGGAAUUUUUAAUGUCUUGACAGAGGAUCAAUGUGGUCUUGCUGCAGCUGUGCUAUACAAUAUUUGGAGUGCCCACAAUGUUGCGGUAUGGGAACGUGCUCUUCCAAGGUCGAACCAGACGUGGCAGCGGGCGAUGGCAGCCAUGCACGCCUACCAGCGAUCACGCCCGCCGGCAUGCACACCGUCGCCUACCGUGAUGACCGUGGCAAGUGGCAGCGAGACUCCACGCUGCUACGUCGAUGCAGGAUACAGACCAGACACUGGAGAAGCAACGUAUGGAGUAGUACUCCUCUCUCACCAUGGCGCAUUUGUUGCCGCAGCAAGUGGAAAGCUCGCGGGGGCUUUCUCGGCUAUUAUGGCAGAGGCGAUAGCAUGCAAGGAGGCGCUAUCUUGGCUCAAAGAUCGGGAUAUCAUUGAAGUGGAUAUUUUAACAGAUUGCUUGGAAUUACGGAAUACUCUACACUCAAGCCCCACGGCUAACUACUCUUACCUUGGGAUCAUUGUGGACCAAUGUAGGACAGCUAUAUCGUCAUUUACAAAGUGUUCUUUGAGUUAUGUUUCUAGAACGCUUAAUUUUUAUGCUCAUACUUUAGCUUCACUAGCUUUUGAUCAGGAACAAUCUAUGUACUGGGAUUCUGUCCCUCCUGACUCUAUCAUUCAGUUUAUUCAUUAA